AUGCGCAGCACGUCCAACGACCUCGGAGACCGUGGCCCCGCUCACCGCCCCAAAAGAACGCAUGCGCCUCAUCGGCCCUACUCCCGUGAUGCACUUUGCGCUUGCGCAGUGCCCCUCGCUGGCCCUGUCACUCAAGUCACUGGCGGGAACGGGACGUUCGGGAGCAAUCAGGUUAAUCGCUGCAGUGUCCUUUGCCAGCCAGGUGCCUGGGCCAUGAAUGGGGCUGUCAUCCCAGGCACGCCCAUUGCAGUGGAUUUUUGGAGCAUCAGGAAAGCCAGCCAUGCUCGCUUGUUCUUUCUCUCCCACAUGCACUCUGAUCACACAGUGGGGUUAUCCAGCACCUGGCACCGGCCUGUCUACUGCUCUCCCAUCACGGGGCGAAUCCUGCACCACAGGCUGAAGGUGGCAGAGCGCUGGAUCUGGCCCCUGGAAGUAGGGCAGAGCCACCUGGUGGCCCUUGAUGCGGUUGGUAAAAGGACCAUGACGGUGACCCUGAUAGAUGCCAACCACUGCCCUGGUUCAGUCAUGUUCCUCUUUGAGGGCCCCUUUGGUGUCAUCCUCUACACAGGUGAUUUUCGUUACACUCCCACCAUGCUGCAGGAGCCGGUGCUAAGGAACCAGAAACGAAUUGAUGUUCUCUACUUGGACAACACAAACUGCGACCCCCUGGGCGACUUGCCCUCCCGCCAGCAGGCCACCCAACAGAUCAAAGAGCUGAUCAGGGCCCACCCAAAUCACCAGGUCAAGAUUGGGGUCUACAGCCUGGGCAAAGAGUCGCUCUUGGCAGACUUGGCCUUAGAGUUUCACACCUGGAUCGUGGUGAGUCCCAAGAGACUGGAGCAGAUGAAAGUGCUGGGCCUGGUGGACGUGUUCACUGCCGAGGAGGGGGCUGGCUGGAUCCACGGUGUGGACAUCUCUGAAAUCUGCUGGGAAGCCAUGAUCAGCUGGAACCAGCAGUGCCCCACCAUUGCCAUUCUCCCCACCAGCCGCCCGGUGAAGGUCCCCCACCCCAGCGUUCACCUCGUGCCCUAUUCAGACCACUCCUCCUUUCCAGAGCUGCUGGAGUUUGUACAGUGGCUGAAGCCCUGCUCCAUAGUUCCAAUUGUUAAGAGAAACAUGUGCCUGCCAUACCUGGAGAAAUACCUGAGCUCCGUCCACAAGGCAUCACCUGAUCCCGGGAUUCCAGAGUCUGGGCAGAAGUUCAUGCAGCUGAGAGAGAGCAGGGAGCAGCAAAGAGCCAUGGAGCCCCAGCAGGCUGUGCCUAGGAAAGACUCCUUUGCAUCCCCAGAGAAAGGUACGAAGUGGCUGGAGCAUUUUGGGGAUGUGACGAUUGGCAAACAGAGCUCCUCGGAGCAGCCUAGGAACCCCGACACCUGUUUGCAAGGCGGCUCUGGGUGUUGCAGUGGGGAGAGGGAGGGAAUCCAAGUGGAGUUAUGCCAGCUGCAUGGUGCCCAGAGGCUGCAUUUUUCAGCACAGCCCAAUACACAGACACGUGCCACAACGCAGCCACAGCUGCCCAAGGACACCAGUGCCUGGAGGUCCCAACGCAGCACAGAGGUCACAGCAUGGCCACACACGAGUUCUUUAUCCUGGCAAACAGGGAAGAAACACACCUCCCAUGCCAGCCCAUGCCAGCCUCCCCUGGGGGACUGGGCCCCCUUAACGCUGGCCUCCGUGCAGAAGAAGGCAGCUCUCCCCUCAUACAAACAGAGUUUAACCUGCCUUCAGACUGAGGAAUUUCUUCCCCCAGGAGCAGCUGGUGACAGUGGCAGCCUGACCAGUUGGCCCCCUCUGGCCAGCAGUCAUGUUGCCCGGGGGCUUGCGGAGGAGUAUUUGCUUGCUCCAUUAAACACCCUAAAGCAAUACUCUGCGGAGAGCUUUGACCAGCAGAUUGAAAACUAUUUCAGGAGAGGGGAGGGGCCCUAACAGCCAGCUCAUGUGCAGCUAGCACAAAGGUCCUGUUCUCACGUGUUGUGUCAAUGUGUGCCGUCCGCCAGGGCCUGCUCUGAGCCAACCAACAGGAGAUGGUGCAGCUUGGGCUUUACGCUGAAAGCUUGAGAGGAGAAUGGCAGAGUUUGCAGCAGCUCCUAGAUUCUCUUUUUAUUGGUUUCUUGAACGUUCUAAAAUUGCAAGUUUGUUGUGUCAUUACUGGCCACAGUAUGAGGAUGACUCCCAAGUACUAUCUGUGACUCUGCCCAUGUCCUGGGGCGUCACCCUGGCACUCGUGCAAACGCAGAUCCCAGGAGGACACUGUGUUCGCUGCACCUUAAUGCAAAGGGAAUUGGAAUGGUUCCCGGGAGGUGAGCCGCAGCCGGCAUGAGCUCCCAGGCCUGACUUUUUGCAUUCAUGUUCCUAUGAGAUGAGAGAACCAUUUUCCUGCUUGACAGCAAAACAGGAAGGAAGAUUGAGAGCCUUAUCUUCUCCCCCCUGCUGUUUGCAUUCCUAGCUGCUGACACAGAUUGGUGUGUGCUCAGCUAUCCUAGAGGUCUGGGAGCUUGUUUAAAAGAGACAAUGAAGUGAAGAGCUUUCAGGCCUCACUGAAUCGCUCUCAGGCUAUAUUUAGAGAUACUAGCAUCACAGGCUUGUGGGAGGUGCUCCCGGGCGACACAGCGUCCCACUCUGAUUGGGCCAGCUUGUGGUGGGAGCUGUAAAUGCUCUCUUGUGUUACAAACUGGGACAGGAGGAAUUCUGUGAAUUCCAAGGACUUGGGUCUCUGGUGCCCUUUGUUGUAUUGUUUGGAGUCUCUACGUUCAUUUGUGAACUGUUGCUUCUUCUCCAUCUGACUGAAAAAACCCCUCCAGCCCUUGACCCUUGUGCCCAUAUCAGAGAGUCUGCACCUGGUCAGACCAGAAUGACAGCCCCUGGCAGUGUGCAAACUCCAGGCACCUUCGCUGGGUUAAAAGUCACGAAGUCUGUGGCUCUUUCAGUGCUGCCAGUGUUAGCCAUGCCGCCAGCCGAGAUGAGAACAUGCUCACUCUCUUGCUGGGUUAAGCUAGAUUCUGAAGGAAGCGAUUGCUGCCUUUUGGUUCUGCUGAGCUGGACAUAACCAGCCUUGCUCUCCUUGGCGUGGGAUUUAGGGACAGCUUAGCUCAGCUGACAUUAAGGUGACCCUCUAGGGCAUUUCCUUUACUUGUACCUACUUGGGCAGGUGGCGCCUUUGUAGUUUUCCUAGACAAGUGUUUGGCCUGCUGCUUUGUGCCUGUGCCGGCAGCAGGCGGGGUACAGGGGAGAUGGCAGCCUUCAGGGGCUUAGUGAGCGACUCCUAGCCCGGAAGCGUUGAGGUCCGUGACAGGCUAUCCCCUGGCGAAAGGGCUUUGCUGUCACCCCCACAUUGACCCCCAGUACGAGUGAAGUGAGGGCUCUCAGCGGAAUGGUUGUCCGCCAAGAAAAUACCCUGCUGGGGCACUGAUAAGCAAAGGCCAAUUUCUGACACACCCGCUGGACGCCAGGGAAAGGUGUGUCCUUCAGAGUCACUGUGAGCCCUCCCAGGGCCUCCUCUAAUUUUGUUGUCUGGUUGCUCCUUGCUGUACAGAAGGAGGCUGCAGCACCGACCUUCCCCCCCGGUGCCUGAGGAGCAUCUGGUGAAUCGCUGUGUCUGGGGUAAGCUCUGAAAGUGUGUGGAGAAAAGUGUUAUUUAUACAAAAUUCAAAUAAAGCAAGCUGAAAAAAUCUGGCUGCUGUCGUAGCACUGGUAUAAUCGGCCUGUCCCGUUCUGGCCUUCCGGUUGUUCUUGGGAAGGCACACAGCUGCAGGCAGCCGGAGUGUACUGCUGGAUAAUCUCCAGUUGUUCAGUUAACCAUGCCCCAUGAUCCUCGUGCCAGCGGAGCGUCAGUGUGGUGUUUCCAGGUGUGCGUGCUGCAAAGCCCUGGCUACAUGGUGCCGUGUUCUCUCGGACGGGUCUUGACAGGAGCAUUAAAAACCAAGUAAGGUUUCCGACUAGCACUGUGUCUGCUGGGGAGCUCAGGUGUCCAAGGAGGGACCUCGCCAGGAUGGGUCUGAUCCCUCCCCGCCAGCCACCCGUAGGGCUGCCACUCAGAGUCUGUGCUGGAGUCACUGGAGCCUGCUCCUGGAGACCGAGACCUGCAUCAGCCUGUGAUGUCUGCGAGCUGGUUUACAAGCACCGAACUCAGCCCAGACCAAGGCUGCCCAGCAAUAUCCUUGGGGCCUUGAGGGCUGCUCCUAACCUGCACUACAUGAGGCAGAUUGUAGCCCCAUGCAGGGUAUGGUCCCACCAUGUGGUACUGACAGGCCCUUCCCAUCGCAGCUGGCUCCCCAUCUCUCUGGGCUGCAGGCCAUGCUAAGGUGGGAGGGGCUUGCUGUGACCAGCCCUGUGACAGGGCAGGGGAACAAACGGUGGCGUAACACUCCCACGUGCCAUCCCGGAGGCACCACUCACCGCAAGUCAGCCACAUAUUUGCAUGGGUUCUGCAGGCCUCCUUGCCGUGGGGUUUGGAUGCGCACCUGGCUAGCGCUGGAUUACAUGUGCUGGACCCCAGGUGCGAGGCAUGCAGUAGUGGCUGAAUUCAGCUUUCAUCUAAAACCAAAACUUGCUCUCAUGAUUCUGGAGAAAAUCUUGAGCCCAGGACCCAUGGAGGCAGUGGGGUGACAUCUGCCCGAGCCUGCAGGGCAGCCUCCUUCAGAGGGAGGCUCAGCAGACACACUAGAGCCAGGACCAGGCAGAUCAGGCCCUUCCUGCUCGGGCAGGACCCCCUGGGUGAGAGGGGGUCAGGCAAAGCACUGAGUUUGGUGGGAUUGGCUGCCCCUUGGUGAGGCUCACGCUCCCAUUCUCCUGUGGCCUUGUGGAUCCACAGGUCAGUUUUGGGUGAUGGCUCCCAUGCAUCAUUCCCUUGGGGCACCAGAAUGGGAGUUUGUGUUGACUGCCCGCCUUUCAGGACAGGCUUCGCUCAGCGGUGGAACAGGUAACAAUGAUGUGUUUCAAUUGUCCGCCAGGCAGCUGCGUUCAUCCUGCCCCUUGAGCCGAGCAGGGUGGGUCACACAGCAGAGCUACUGUCUCAAGCUAACCGAAGGCUCAAGCAGACCUUGCUGCACUAGCUACACCAAGGUACACGACAGGGUUACAAGAUUUUCUUCACAACUAUGAGGGCCACAGAUUUUUUUUCUUUUAAAUGAAAAACGAUGGCACAGCUACACUACAAACUGUUGCAGGCGCAAGUCGUGUCAGCAUAAAGCGGCUGCAGAACGUGUUGCUUGUGUGCAUGCACGCUUAGCUCCUUGUGUCGGUGCUGCGCGUGCUCACCAGGAGUGCUUGUGUCAAUACACAGUGAGUGCACCAUUGGUAGGUGUGUGUCUUUGCACCCAGUGUGCAUCUGGCCAUUAUCCAGUGCCCUGUCUUUUGGGGUUUUGACAGUGCAUGGUAGGGCUGAACUGAGACACGCAUGACUGGGAGCAUGCAACUUUUUCCAUCCCAUAAUGUUGUCUAUAUCCUGGAAACACCAUGCUGACGCUCAGCUGGCACCAAGCUGUGGGUGUCACUGUCCCCAGGCAUGGAGUGGUAGGGGCAGGGAUGCCAUAUGGAAUAUUGGGGGCGGGGGGCGUGUAGAGAGGACUUGCAAUGGAGGAGUCCCAUUUUCCAGGCUCGUGUUCUAACCACCAGACAUGUCCCUGCUUUUCUGAGUAGCUGUGUAGUUCUCUUCUGCCAUAUGCUGUAAAUGACCAAUGUGGUUUGAGCAGUUGCAAGGAUCCUGCCCUCAGGUUUACAGCCCUGGCUGUUAGUCCCUUGCAUUGAUAAAUAAACAACCUACCCCUUGGUGAAUGGCUCAGCCAAGUGCUGUCGCUGUGCUUACUCUUCAGAAAGUUCUUUCCACCACCCAAACCCAGUGAACAUCCUACAGGCUGAGCAUCUGCUCCCAGUGGCUGAACAUAGUGAGAAGCUGCAGUGGAAACUCUGGGUUCUGCUACGGGAACAUAAAAGGUAUUUCCUGCCAUUUCAGUGGACAUGAUUUUAAUUACAUAGGAGCAGAGGAACCUAAAGCCUCUCCCACAGGUCUAAAUGGCAGUAAAAUUUUGCCAUUCUGAAUAAUGGUAGAAGUGAGGGAGAUCACCACCACAAGGCUGCCUGUGUGUGAGGCACAUUCAAGUGCUUCCCAGAGUGCCAGACGGGUGUUUCUGCUUCUGUUGGACCCCAAGACGCUUUUUUCUGUGCGACAGCUGCCGCUUUCUGGGGAGGGCCUCUCAUUGUGCCUCCGUGGAUCACAACUGAGACUACCAAAUUCAGGACAAGCUGCUGGGAAAAAGGGCUAACACACCCCAAAACUGGUGGUUAUUCUUCUAUGAGAUAUACCAAACCAGCAACAAAAUAAACUUCUGUCUCACCACAUUGGCUAACAAGAAGUCAGAAAUACAGCCUCUUUAGGUAUUCCAGUCCUGGAUUCCACACCCAGACACCAGAUUUAAAGAUGGGUCAUUAUUUGAAACCAAUUUCAUCAAACAAAAGGGUUCUGAUCCCAAAGGACCAGCCACAUACCCAGGUCAAUAUAUAACUCAGAUCUUCCCCAAUAAUCAUGCUAUUGCCAAUCCUUUACAAUUUAAAAUCUAAAGGUUUAUUUAUGAAAGGAAAGUGAGAGUUUAAAAUUGGUUAAAGGAAUCAAAUACAUACAACAAUUGCAAAGUUAUUGGAUCAGGCUUGUAGCAGUGAUGGAAUAAACUGUUGGCUUGUUAAGUCUUGGUUGCUUCCAAAUCAUUGGAAAGUCCUCACUAUCUUGGUUAGAAUGCUUCUGUUAGUAUAAAUCCAUAGUCCAGAGGUUUGAGCAGGAAAGAGGCAAAACAGAGGUGCUUCCAGGGCCUUUUAUAGCUUCUGCCAAGUGAAGGGAAUCCCAUUGUUCUCACAGUAGAAACUUACAGGGAACAAGAUGGUAUCUGAAGUCAUAUCGGCAAGUCACAUGUCCAUGCAUGCUUCACUUCACAUGCCAUGGCAGCGCUUUAACGUAGCUUGUAUGGUCGUGGCAGAGCACUCCCAGAGCUCUAAAAAACCCACCUCCAUGAGGGGCAUAGCUCCUAGUGCUGGCGCACUGUCUACACUGCCACUUUACAGUGCUGAAACUUGCAGUGCUCGGGGGUGUUUUUUCACACCCUUGAGCGAGAAAGCUGCAGUGCUGUAAAGUGGCAGUGUAGACAAGCCCUUAGUCAUAGCAGAAGUCAUUACCCAUACUCCAGGUAGAACAUUCACAGGAAAGUACAUUAAAUGUAGGUAGGCAUCUUCCAUUGUAAGUUUAGUGUUCUUUGAUGGGCCAUUUAAUUUGAAUAGUUCCUUCACAAUGUGCUGGCUAAACAGCUGGUUGGUGUUUUCACAGGAGCAAACAUUUAAAAUACAGGUACAUAGUUAAUAUUCAUAACUUCAGAUACAAAAAUGAUAAAUACAUACAAAUGGCUGAAUGUGAUUAUGCUAAUCAUAGUUUUUCUAUUGACACCUUACUUGACCCACUUUGUAUAACAUUUGUUGCAAUUAUAUAACAGCAGUAGCAGCAAUGAUUUACAUGAUCAUAUUUUAAUCAGAUAAAGUCACAGGGCCCCUCCAGGGAGAGCAUGGUUAGAGCCAGGCAAACACAUAUUUUAUGGGCAGAGUUGGAAUAAGCCACCCUGGCACCCUCACUGCCAGCUUCCAAGACACUUUUGAUCCUUUAUCCCAUAAAGUUUCCCAGCUGUGGGGAAAAAAAAGGCCUACAUGCUUUUCCCCUGUAACUUUUCUGUUCCUAACACUGUUUCAGCUCCACCCAGGGGAGAGCAAGUCCAGGCAAUGUGCCACUAUGUCAUCUCAACCUGCUCUGACAAUGUGGUCCUGAAACCCCUGUGGCUGCCUGGACAUGCCCCAGUGAUAGCAACAGCCCUGGUGGGACAUAAUGAGUGUUGGCACAGCCAUGAAGCGAGGGUACUGUAUCAUGUGGUGUGUCCAGCCUGGCCCGUGUCAGGAUGUUCGCUGUGUCUGAAUGUUGGAACUGACAGUUAUGCUAGCUGCCGUGCUGGGGACUGGCUGUGCCCUCCCACGCAGUGAGCCAUGCCCAGGAACAAAAUGUGAAAUAUAGCCUUUUCUACAAACAUGCAGUAACCCAGAAAAUCAGUCAUUCAGGGAUGAGCUGUGAUCAGCUUGCCGGUCAUGCCAAGGAAUGAACUGGCCACAUGUGUGUUAGGCUAACAGGACUUUGGUUCUAAGAACAGAUGUAAAAUAGUACAUCCUAUAAGUUCUGCAGCAGCCAUGGAUCCUUUAAGAUAAACUCAUCCCUCGCUGCCCUUCCCAUCUGGGUCCUGAGCCAUUUCCUGAAGAGAUUUUAAAUGUGGCUCAGAACUUCAUCAGGCCAAAAUGGGUUAGCCAGUCAGUGAGAACAUGUCUAGAGGGUGUUAGAACCAUGCUAUGGAAUGUUUGGUGUUGCUUAUAUUUGGCAUGGUUGUGAGACCCCAUAUUCCUGUGUCCACACCCUAUAUUCUAUUGUCAUAAUCUUUAUAUGAAGAUUUGUAUCGUUUGUAAACUUAAAAUUUGCUGGUCAUUAUUGACCUGAUAAAUUGUGUGUGGCAAUACUGUUUGUGAAGUUAUAAGAUUCCACUGUAUGGUGUUAACACAUGUUCCAAACAGUGGUUGGCAAACAGGUCUGUCUUAACUUGCACAUAAGCUGUAAACAGACUCAUCAAGCGGGAAGGGCAACAAAAGAAUCUCC